GCCUCAGUGACCGACGAAGCCUCCGUGAUCGAGGACGCCUCCGUGGCCGAGGACGCCUCCGUGGCCGAGGAGGCCUCCGUGACCGAGGAGGCCUCCGUGACCGAGGAGGCCUCCGUGAUCGAGGACGCCUCCGUGAUCGAGGACGCCUCCGUGACCGAGGACGCCUCCGUGAUCGAGGACGCCUCCGUGACCGAGGACGCCUCCGUGACCGAGGACGCCUCCGUGACCGAGGACGCCUCCGUGACCGUGGACGCCUCCGUGGCCGAGGACGCCUCCGUGACCGUGGACGCCUCCGUCACCCAGGAAGUCUCAGUCUUAACGGACGCCGAGUUUGCCUCAAUCUUCAGGGACUCCUGUAUCCUCGGGGACGACUCAUUCUUCGAGAAUGACUUAUCCAGGGACGCCUCAGUGAUGGCGUUAUUAACAGAAAUGAGUUUAUCGGUGGUCUGUUUCCUCGGGCUGUUUGGUACUGAGACUUCCUGGGUGACGGAGGCGUCCACGGUCACAGAGGCGUCCUCGGCCUGGAGGCGUCCACGGUCACAGGCGUCCUCAGUCACAGAGGCGCGUCCUCGGUCACGGAAGGCGUCCUCGGUCACGGAGGCGUCCUCGGUCACGGAGGCGUCCUCGGUCGCAGAGGCGUCCUCGAUCACGGAGGCGUCCUCGUCACGGAGGCCUCCUCGGUCACAGAGGCCUCCUCUCGGUCUGGAGGCCUCCUCGGCCACGGAGGCGUCCUCAGCCGGGGGCGUCCUCGAUCACGGAGAGCUUCGUCGGUCUGAGGCCUCCGCGGUCUCAGGCCUCCUCGUCCUGAGGCCUCCUCGAAAAAGGACGAUGAAAGACCGUCGACACAAUGCUUUCACGGUUGGUUGCCCUCAUUCGAUGGAUACCAAGAAAAAUUCGACAAAAUUCCUUCACGGCAGCUUAUCCCUGGAGUCGACAGCUGACGGCAGAUCAUCAAAGAACGACCACAUGGAAUAA